CAGACAAGCGACAGGAGAAAGAGGACAACCUUACAUCUGAGGGUUCCUCUCACCAUUUUUUUGCCUAAUGUCUCUCCAAAUAUACCAGUGAUUAAUAAUAGAGACUUGGUUGCACUCUAGGUGAAGAUCUUGCGUCUCUACUCUUUCUGAAACACUCGUAGGAAUCAUGGUCCAUGUUACAGCUCUGCUCACUCUUCUGGCUUGUGUGAUAUUUUCAGAAGCCCAAGAUGAACCUGGCUUCUGUAGAUUCUAUGAAGAGUGCGGCCGUAACCCGUCUCUGGGAGACACUCUCAUUCCUCCUAUGGUCCCCUGCCUCGACUACAGUCCUGCCCGUGCCCUCAGAGGAAACCACUACUUAAGACUAAAAAAGGUGUGUCCCAUUUUGGACCGUGGAGAGAACAACACGUAUGCCUGCUGCUCCCUCAAACAGCUCUCGUCUUUGGAAACGAGCCUGACCCUGUCGAAGGCCGUGCUCGUCCGCUGCCCUUCCUGUGCCGAAAACUUUGCCCACCUGCACUGCAUCAACACCUGCAGCCCCAACCAGGCACAGAUAGUGAACGUCACAAAGACCAUGAACAUCACCUUCCUGGGCAAGCCCAGGGAUGCCGUGGUGGGCUACCAGUCCUUUAUCACCAAUGCCUUCGCAGACGCAUCCUUCCGGUCUUGUAAAAACGUGAGGAUCCCGGCCACGGGAGGCUUCGCCAUCUCCACCAUGUGUGGUCGGUAUGGUGCCAAGCUGUGCACCCCCCAGCGCUGGUACGACUUCCAGGGGGACUCCAGUAACGGCCUUGCACCCCUGGACAUUGACUUUCUGCUGAUUAAAGACAGUGACAUGGCCAGUGUGCCAGAAGGUAUAACUCCGUACGAUGGACAUGUUCUGAAGUGUAACGAGACCACCCAAUCGGGCGGCGAGAGCUGCUCCUGCCAGGACUGCCAAGAGUCAUGUCCAAGUAUGCCCCCUCCCCCUACGCCCCCUCCGCCCUUCACAAUACUGGGCACAGACGGAUACCUGGUGAUUUCUAUUAUCUUACUCUGUGUCCUGAUUACUGCCUUCGUGCUCUACCUCACCGUGCCAUGCUGUUUGAAGUCUGGAAACAGAGAGGAUGAAGAGAAAAAGAAGAAGAUGCAUGAAAGCAAGGACCAGAACAGUAAUGAGGUCCCACCCCGUCUCAUUCAUCCAUCAGAGGUGACAUGGGCUGACAGAACCAGCUUGGUUGCUCAAACUUUCCUGAGUUUACAGUUUCAACGCUGGGGAACCCUCAUGGCGUCCUUUCCCCUCACGGUGCUGGGUUUGUCCGCCGUCGUCGUGGCUGUUUUCUCCGCUGGUCUCAAGGACAUUGAGCUCACCACAGAUCCAAUUGAGCUGUGGUCCGCUCCCAGCAGUCAGGCCCGUCAGGAGAAAGACUUCCACGACAAACACUUCACCCCCUUCUUCAGGACCAACCAGCUCAUCUUGACAGCACCAGGCAGAGAGGGCCACAUUUACGACUCUUUGCUCUUUGGACCACAGAACUUCAGUGGGAUUUUGUCCAAAGAGCUCAUCAUUGAGCUGCUGGAGCUGCAGAAAAAAAUACAGAACAUAGAGUUCUGGUCAGAUGAUCUGAACCGCACAGCAACGCUGAAGGAUGUGUGUUACGCUCCCCUGAACCCGUCCAACCCUUCCUUGACUGACUGUGCAGUGAACAGCUUGGUGCAGUACUUCCAGAAUAGUCUGGACAACAUUAAUGCUAAAGUGAAUAUGACUGAGCUGGGAGUGACCAAAGAGGUGGACUGGAGAGACCACGUUUUCUACUGCCUAAAUUCUCCACUGUCCUUCAAAGACAUCACUGAUUUAGGGAUGAGCUGCAUGGCUGAUUAUGGGGCUCCAGUCUUCUCCUUCCUCGCUGUUGGAGGUUAUAAUAAUGAGGAGUACACCAAUUCUGAGGCCUUAAUCAUGACCUUUUCCCUGAACAACUUUGCUCGCGACAACCCCAAGUUCAAAGUGGCUUUGCAGUGGGAGACAGAGUUUCUUAAAAUUGUCCAGGAUUACCAAAAAAAUCCACAGGCUAACUUCACCUUUGCAUACAUGGCAGAGAGGUCUCUAGAGGAUGAGAUUAAUCGAACAACGGCAGAAGAUAUUCCCAUCUUCAUGAUCAGCUAUGCCGUGAUCUUUGUUUACAUUGCUGUGGCUCUCGGAGAGUACAAUUCAUGUAAACGCAUACUGGUGGACUCCAGGUUUUUGGUGGGUCUGGGUGGAAUCCUGGUGGUCGGUUGUUCUGUCCUGGCCUCCAUGGGGUUCUACUCAUGGAUCGGUGUCCCGUCCUCCCUGGUCAUCCUACAGGUUGUGCCGUUCUUGGUGCUCGCUGUAGGAGCUGACAACAUCUUCAUCUUUGUUCUGGAAUACCAGAGGGAUGAAAGGAAGCCUGAAGAGACACGAGAGGAGCAAAUUGGCCGUGUCCUUGGGCAGGUGGCUCCGAGCAUGCUCCUGUGCAGUCUUUCUGAGUCUGUUUGCUUCUUUCUCGGGGCCCUGACCACCAUGCCAGCGGUGAAAUCUUUUGCACUGUACGCUGCUUUGGCCGUGGUCAUGGACUUUGUCCUCCAGAUGACGGCCUUUGUGGCGCUGCUGUCCCUGGAUGCUCGGCGCCAAGACAGCAACCGCUGCGAACUGCUCUGUUGUGUAACUGUGUCAAAAGACCGUUCCAAGAAGCCAAACGAGGGCUUUCUUCUGCCUUUCAUGAGGAAAUACUAUGCCCCUUUCCUGCUGCACAACUGGACAAGGAUCAUAGUGAUGUUGGUUUUCAUCGUGAUGUUCUGUGCUUCCUUGUUCCUCAUGCUGAACGUGAGAGUUGGUCUGGAUCAGGAGCUAGCUAUGCCAACGGACUCUUACAUGCUGGACUAUUUCAAAUACCUUUACAAAUACUUUGAAGUUGGUGUCCCCAUUUACUUCGUAACAAAGAGGGGCUUCAACUUCAACUCUGUUGAGGGCAUGAAUGCAGUCUGCUCCAGCGUGGGCUGUGAUCAGUUCUCCAUGACCCAGAAGAUCCAGUAUGCUACCAACUACCCUGAGCUAUCCUACUUGGCUAUUCCUGCUAACUCAUGGGUGGAUGAUUUCAUCGACUGGUUGAACCCCGGAUCCAAAUGUUGUCGCCUCUACACCCUUGGUCCAAAUGCUGGAAAGUUUUGUCCUGCAAACAUAUCUUCUCUACUCUGCGGACGCAGGUGUAUCAAUUCUUCUCCAAAUGGUGUCAUAAGGCCCACUAAAGCACAGUUUGAACGCUUCCUCCCUGACUUCCUGGGUAACAGACCUGAUCUGCAGUGCUCCAAAGGUGGUUUAGGAGCUUAUGACACAGCAGUGGUGGUAGGUGAUGGGGGAGAAAUACUAGCCUCUCGGUUCAUGGCUUACCACAUGUCUCUGACCAACUCGGAGGAGUUCACUGCUGCCCUGAUAAAGUCCAGAGACCUGGCCCAAAAAAUCACCAUGGAAAUGAAGAAAAUUCCAGGAACUUCACCAGACUUUGAAGUGUUUCCUUACACAGUAACGAAUGUAUUUUAUGAGCAAUACCUGACCAUAGUGUCCGAGGGACUUUUCAACAUCUCCCUGUGUCUACUGCCGACUUUUGUGGUGUGCUGCCUGCUGCUGGGUCUGGAUCUGCGCUCCGGCCUGCUCAACUUGCUCACCAUAAUCCUGAUCGUCGUGGACACCGUUGGAGUCAUGACAUUAUGGAACAUUGAUUACAACGCAGUGUCCCUCAUCAAUCUGGUCACGGCGGUGGGCAUCUCCGUGGAGUUUGUGUCCCAUAUGACCAGAUCGUUUGCCCUCAGCACAAAGCCCACACAUUUGGAAAGAGCAAAGGAGGCCACGGCCAACAUGGGCAGUGCAGUGUUUGCUGGUGUUGCAAUGACCAACCUGCCAGGCAUCCUCGUGCUGGCGUUUGCCAAAGCACAGUUAAUCCAGAUUUUCUUCUUUCGGUUAAAUCUUGUCAUUACGCUGUUGGGAAUGGCUCAUGGCCUUAUAUUCCUCCCUGUGUUGCUCAGUUACUUUGGUCCGAGUGUGAAUAAAGCAGUCCUGCUGCAACAACAGCUGGCCAAGCAGGACCUGGAGAUGAGAAACAAAGCCUGCAGAGAGAUGUAUGAAAACAUUAGCUAUGAAGACAACGAAACACAAAAGAACUCAGGCUCAAACAAUGAAAAUGCUCCCCACGAGGAGAUCAAAUGUUCAGAAGAUGGGGAAAGAAAUGAAAGAUUCUGAGAACCAACCACAAAAGCUGCUAUCAAGCUCUGAUGAGUAAAUACCUGUGUACCAUAUGGAGCACAGAUGGACAAAAGGGCACAAAGCAAACAUACAGUCAUGUAUUGGCUUUGUAUGGAAAUCAUUGACGUAACCAACGUACCUCAAUCAGAAAAGGACUUCUGGGACAGAUGAGCUCAUGCGAUACCUUUGGGGGGAAGACUACUGUAAUGGCGUUCAACAGAAAGUUGAGCUGCGAAUGUCAUUUUGUAUAUUUUAUCUCUCUUUUUUGUACUAAAUGUAAUUAUUUUGUAUAUGUCAGGAAGGUUUUGCAGCAGAACCACACACUCCAGCAUUUUAAAGUAUUGUUUGAUUGCACCGUGAUGCUAUUACUGUAAAAUAUGCAAUUGCUAAGAGAAAGUAAGUUAAAUAAGUUUAAGAGAACAGUUGUCAUGACUGAAAAUAUUUGCCAUGAGAGGUAAUUAAAAGUUACAAAUAUGAUGCAUAAAGGCUUAUUAGGUUAUGAAAUAUGUUUAUUGUUUUCAAACACACCAAAUGUGUGUGCGGGUUUUAUGUCAGUCAAAAUCUAUAAGUGCCUUUCCAUUAUUCUAAGAUUGACUUUUUCAAGCCUUUGUUAUGGUGGUAAAAGCACGUUUCCAGCCACAGUUUAUUCCUUGAUUACAAAGGUACUUAAGGCUCGGCUGAUUCAUAGCAGAAAUUUAGUAUUUUUUCAGUGUGAUAAGAUAAAAAUAAACAAAUAAAGGGUGUAUUCUGCAAAACGUUAAGAGGUGAGAAUAAAUGGAUGUGCUUUGAGGCAUGCAUACCGCAUGAACAUCCUUUGUGUGCUGCUCAUAUCUGCCAUUUUAAACUGGGUUUCUUUUUUUCCUCUAAUACAAACAGUCUUAUGCAGAUACAUCAUGUCUCCCCGGGGUUCUUCAAAAACAACCAGUAAUAUUGCAACUGGUCUUCUGCCUGCUAAGUUUGGAGCACCUCAGGACCUGUUUCCGAGCCCUGCUUUAAUCCAUAUUGCAAGUGAUGCUAGCAUUAUGUUUUUAAGAGAUUAGUGCAAUUACUGUGUUUAGCUCGUACUCUCUUAUGGCAAAACAUUUUGGAAUCAUUAUUCUUGGAAGACGUUCAUUCAGCAUUUAUUAUUUUCUUAUUUUAACACUUCGGCCUAAUAAUAUAUAUACCUCAACAAAAUAAAUGAAAUUGAUACAAUUACUCGCAAUUUAUUCUUAGGCAUGUAAGAUGGAAACUUGAAUCAUUUAUUAUUGUAAAAAAAGUAUUACAGGUCACGAAUCGCAAAAAACAGUU